AGAUGGCAGACUUCUCUUUUCCGCCACUGAUUCAUUAUCCGGGAAACUAAAGAAGAAGAAGAAGACAUCACUUCCGGGCGGGCGAAUUUGACGUACACAUACGUCCAAGUUUUAGCAUUAUGGAUCCAGACAUGGAGAACCUUAACCAAAUUGUGGAGAGUGUGGUUCUAAAUGAUGGAGCCAGCGACCAAUCUGACACCUUGCCAGACAUAAUGAGAAUAAAAGAGCAGAUGUUCAACCAGUGCUUUGAGAUGGAAGUUCACCUAAAUGCAGCAGGUAAAAGUAAGAGAUCAUGCACUUCAUCUGAAGUGGAAAGAGAAUUGUCAGAAAAUGUCAGUGAGCUGGAGAGAGUCAAGACCAUUCAUUUUAACCGCACACUGGCUUUGCACAGAAUGCAGAUGUGGCACGCCAUCACCGAAAAAUUGAAAGAGAAUAAUGCAGAGGCGAUUGAGCUGAAAGCCACCAGUGAUCGCUGCAUGAUGCUUUGCUCAAAUAUUAAACAACUUCAGCAAGAAUCAAGGAAUCUUCAAGAUGAUAUCACUAAACUCCAGAAAAAAAGACUUGAGCUGAAGCGUCUGAUGCAUGAGAAAAUGAAGGACAUUGACAACCUGAUGGUGAAGCGGGAGCACCCUGAUGCAGAAAAGUACAAAGCCGCCUUGGAGAAAGGCCGAGCAAACCUAAAGAGAUACAAAAAUAUGGCCAUCAUGACACAGAACGUCUUCAGGGGAAUUCUGUUUGCGUGUAGAAUAAACUGGAUGGAGGAUCCGAAACUGAGAGACAUUGCCAUGACGCUGGAGGAACUUCCCAUCAGUGACUAAAGAAGUCGUCUUUUGUAUGCAUGUGUCUGUCUUUUGAGUAUUGAAUUAAAGGCCUACUGAAACCCA